AUGACUUUGCGCAGCAUAGUUCGCGAUUUAAGGGAGAGCUUCGGAAACCUGUCAAGGCGGAAUUUCGAGGCGAAAAUCUCAAGCAUCCCAAGCCUUUCGGGCCAUCACCGAGGGAAAUCGCUUGAAUCUGCAAGUGAUCUGCAGGAUAGUCUUGUCACAAACCUGCAAGGCAAUUGGGCUAGCCUUCCUCCUGAAUUACUUCGGGAUGUGAUGAAAAGGCUGGAGGAAGACGACAGCAAUUGGCCGUCCCGCAAAGAUGUUGUUGCCUGCGCUUCUGUCUGUACAACCUGGAGAGACAUGUGCAAGGAUAUCGUGAGGAAUCCAGAAUUCUGUGGAAAGCUCACCUUUCCUGUGUCCCUUAAGCAGCCUGGAUCUCGAGAUGGAUUGAUCCAAUGUUUCAUCAAAAGGGACAAGUCAAAGCUGACUUAUCGUCUCUACCUGUCCCUUACUUCUGCUGUGCUUGAUGAUAAUGGCAAGUUCCUACUGUCAGCUAAAAGGAGUCGGAGAACAACUUACACCGACUAUGCCAUUUCUAUGGAUCCUAAAAAUAUAUCCCGGUCAAGUAGUGGCUACAUCGGGAAUUGCAGGUCAAAUUUCCUCGGCACCAAAUUCAUCAUCUACGACACGCAGCCGUCCUACAAUGCCAGUAAACUCUGCCCGCAGGAACGGACCAGACGGCGGUUCUCCUCCAGGAAAGUCUCCCCCAAAGUUCCAGCGGCGACUGGCAGCUACCCCAUCGCUCAGGUGAACUACGAGCUGAACGUGCUCGGCACCCGCGGGCCAAGGCGGAUGCAGUGCACCAUGAACUCCAUCCCGACAUCGGCGGUAGACCCUGAUGGCGUUGUGCCUGGCCAACCGAAGGAGCUCCUCCCUCGGCUAUUCGAGGAAUCCUUCCGCACCACCGCAAGUUCCAGGUACUCCACGGACUUCAGCAGCUGCCGCUUCUCCGAGUUUGGGGGAGGGCCUCUGAGAGAAGAAGGUGGCGACGAAAAUGCGGGGGACAAGGAGAGCCCACUGGUUCUCAAGAACAAGUCGCCUCGGUGGCACGAGCAGCUGCAGUGCUGGUGCCUCAACUUCCGGGGGCGCGUCACGGUGGCCUCGGUCAAGAACUUCCAGCUGAUCGCCGCCCCCGCCCCGCCACCGCCAGCCUCCGGAGGAGAGGCGGCUCCCGAGCCGUCUUCACAGACGCAACCGCCCCAGCAGCAGCCUACCUCUGCUGCCGCCGCGCAGCCCCAGCCUGCUGGCAGUUCCUUGUCGGCGUCGGCGUCCUCGUCCUCGAGCCACCACGACACGGUGCUGCUGCAGUUCGGCAAGGUGUCCAAGGACACCUUCACCAUGGACUACCGGUACCCGCUGUCGGCGUUCCAGGCCUUCGCCAUCUGCCUGACCAGCUUCGACACCAAGCUGGCGUGUGAAUAA